AAACAAAGCCAUUUGGUAAACAAACAUCUCAGCUGACAGACGACGCCGGACGGCCGAUCAAUGGCACCUUUUAGUAUUUUUCUCCUCACUUAAUGGAAGUGUGUUGCCGAGAAGAGCCAUCAACACCCAUGACAGACCGGAGUGUGCUCAGUGACGAUGAGAAGAGACAGCGUAUCGACCUCGCGCCCGUCCCCGGUGGCAUGGAGCUGAAGGUGGGCGGCGAGGAGGCUCUCCCGUUGCUGGUGCUGGUGGCUGUGAGUCGAGGCUCUUGCACGACAUGGGCCCGCAGGCUGUGAUACACAACCCUCCCGGGGAGAUAAACGGACACAUAAGUGAGGGCACGGCGGGCAAAGGUGAUUCUGUGUAUGACUUCGACCCCGACACCGAGGGCGAGAUACCCAGCGCCACCGAGGAGGACUCCCUGGCCUCCCCGGACAAGCACAGUGAGAGGAGCGAAACCACGGACAGUAAUGUGAAACAUGAGCCAGAACUGGAGACGUUAGACGACUCAGAAAUGGUGGGGGAUGAGUCGUUAAGUGGGUCCUUUCACGAUGAUGUUUAUCCCAUAGAACCCCCAAUGGGUGACACGAGCUUCGGAGACAUUCCAAGGCGGGGACGAGGGCGACCCAGGGGGAGCAAGAACAGAAUAGACGACGGCAGGGGGCGAGGCAGGGGCUUCAAGUUCAGAAGAAUGUCAGAGGACCGCACCUGUACGGCCUACGACCUGCGAAACAUUCCCGACCCCUUUGCGAACCAGCGGAGGGGCAGGCCCAGGAGCAGGUUCAUCGUCGACCUGGGCGAGCAGAACCACGAGGCCUGGGCCAAGUCCAAAGAGGAACUUAAUAUCUCUGAUGCAGAACUGACGACUUUAUUAUUAAGUUUAUUAGAAUCCCGACGAGACUGCAACAACCCCCAAGACUCAGACACGAUGCUGGGGCUCAUCUCCUCCGAGUACAACAAGUGGAAAGACAAGUUCACGUCCCAGGUGUCCAUGCUGAGCCACUACGCUUCCAUACACAACACCAACUGCUGCACAUGCCUUGGCAUCAAGGAAAAGAAUAAAAGCAUUAACCUCAGCGCUCUGGAACCCCAAGAAGUUAACCCUCGUUCGCUGUUGUUUUGCAGGAAAAAGAAAUACAUCCCAGCAGGUACAGGGAAGAGGGGACGCCCUCGGAAGUAUCCUCCCCCUGUAGGCUAUGGCCCUGGGAUGCAGAGACCUGACACCAUCGAUGAGGACGGCAACAUCUUCGAGCCCCAGAUCAUCCUCAAAGACGGCAUGGUGGUGAAAAAUGAGCCCUCGGAGGAGAACAAGGGCCACCACCCGGGGGCCAAUGGGCCGCACGACCUGGCCAACACCUCCAAUGGCAACUCCCAGAUGCAGAUGCUGCCCCGGCCCAUCUUGACCAAGGAGGAAAUCGAGAAGAGGAGAGAGUACUACAACAACCACAAGAACAAAGUCAAAUACGUGUGUCACUACUGCCAGGUCCACUUCUACCACAAGCCCAACUUCGACUUCCACAUCACCAAGUUGGAGACCUCUGGCAAGUGCAAAAUCUACGAGAAGGUGAACAACCUGUACCUGUGUGAGUCCUGCGGAGAGGGCUUCUCGUGGAGGGAGAAGCUGGAGAAGCACCUGCGGCUGGCCGAGCAGCAUGGCACGCACAACCAGAAGGAGCUCCUUAUGUAUGGGGACUUCCAGUGCAACAUGUGUGGUAAGACCUUCAACAAGCGCACAACGUACCUCCAGCAUGUCAAAUGGCAUGAGGACCGCGAGGACAUUCCCUGUGUCAUCUGUGGCACCAUGUUCAAGCAGACAGAUCUCAGACGCCAUCUGAUGGAGGUGCACAGCAAUGACAGCCUCCCUUGCUGCUAUUGUGGGAAGCUCUUCACCAGUAGGAAGUACCUGGAGAAGCACGAACUGGUCCACCAGGGAGGGAACUUCCCCUGCCCCGAGUGCGGCAAGACCUUCAGCCAGAAGAGCAACAUGCAGCAGCACCUCAAGACGCAUUCACUGGACAAAGAGUAUUCGUGUGAGCACUGUGGGCAGACUUUCAAUCAGAGGGCAGGUCUCUGCCAGCACCUUAAGAAGCACUUUGGCCCAACAGAAUUCAACCAUGAGUGUGAGGUGUGUGGUCAGUACUUUGCCAAUGAUUACAACCUCAAAGUGCACAAGAAAAAGAUACACAACAUGCACGUUGAAGGUUUACCAGAUGAGAUACCAGAUCAUCCAGAGUACCUUUCAUCUCCUUUGUCUCACCAUUUAGCACCAGAAGACAUACGUGAAAAAGCCUAUGGUGCUGCUAAUUCUGCUGUGAAAAAUAUGUUGGGAGUGUCCCUGGGCUCAACAGUUAGUUUAUCUAUGAAGCAAGAGGGCUCUGAGCCAAUGGAUGAGAGCCAGUUGCACAUGAGAGACACAGCCAGCCACAUGGACAUGAGACAUAUGACAGACCGUCGGGACACCCCAGGGCUGAUGAAGGAGCAGCUUGAGGCAGAAGAGCAGAUGAGAAUGAGUCAGCACCACUCCAUGGCUGUGACUGAGGAUCCCCUGCACAUGCCACAAGAUCUCACACGGAUGACUGCCAGCCAAGGACACAUGAGUGAUGACUCGGGGCGCAUAUCUGCUGCUCCACAGUCCCACAUGAGUGACAUGAGAAGCUCUGCCACAGACAGCCCAGGCCGCAUUACAGACACUCCACACAUGACAGACAACUUAGGCCGGAUGGCUGCAGAGAACUUUGGUAGAAUGAGCAGCACUCCAGGCGGUUACCUGGCAGAGCACCUGAGGCGCAUGGCAGAGAAUCAGAGCCGCAUGUCUGACACCAUGUCUCACUAUGACGAGCGUGAUAACUACAGUCGUCUGGGAGACAACCUGCGCAGUAUGAGUCGUGGCAGUGCCACGGACCCCAUGGGCCGACUAGGAGACAACCUGGGUCGAAUGACGGCAGACAACUUGAGUCAUAUGGGAGUGAUCCGACCGACUCAGACACCAUCCAGCACCCCCCAGUGGCCGCCACACAUGCAGAACCAUGCUGCGCUGGAUGGCAUGAACCAAUCCCCCCAAGCCAGCCAACAUACCCUAUACCCACUGCCAUUUUGGCCCUAUGAUCCCUCCCUGCGACAGUAUCACCACUGAGCAAGCGGGGGAGCUGUGGCCAGAGUACCUACACAGUCAAGCUAACAGAUAUUGACACAUGAGGUCCAGAUAUUAUUAUUAUUACAUACAUCUCACUUUAAGCACGAAAUAAGAAGCUCCAUCACACUUCUAAAAGUUAGGAGAAACUAUUUUUAUCAUUUUUAAUUAGUCAAGUCUGUUGGCUUAUUUUAUCUUCAUCUAGAAGAUGUGAUUUUAUGAUUGAAGGUUCCUACGAUGCUAGACAUUAAAAUUUGUGUAGUACAAUUAUGGAUCAUAUGUGGUAGCUGUAGUCUAUAGUAGCUGUCCAGAUUUCUGAACAUUAUUGCUUAUUAGUGUUUCCAUAUUACAAGUAUGGAGAGUUGAAAGCUGUAGUCAACUUAUUUUAGAAUACCAAACAGUGCGUAUACUGGCCACGUGUAGCGCUUAAUGCAUGCUGUAAAGUCCUUUAGCUUCCAGUCGUUAGAUAUGCCUUUUUUCAGAUUCAUUGGAAGGUGAUCCAUUUUAUUUCUGAUGUUAUGCAAAUAUUUUAGAAAGUGACAGCUAUAUCUUUCUUUGUGAUACAAAAUAUUGUGCUCUCUAGUUUCUUAAUUCUGGAUAGAAGCUCGUGAAAACAGAUGUGAUCUUUCCCAACUGCUGGCCCCUGGUUAGGAAGAAAAAGUUUGUAGCCAUUGCUUUUUAUACUACAUAAUAUAUAAUUUGGUCAGUUUUUCUUCCAGUCAAGUUGUACGAUCUUAGUGUUCAAAGACAAGCUUUUCAACUAAUUUGAACCCUGGGCACGUCAACUCUCGCAAUGGUCCAAGCUAUACAGGGUAAAAUUUAUUUGAAGUGAACUAAAGUAUUAUAUACACACACUUGCUUUCCACGGUUGCGAGGUUGUAUGUGAUUGUGAAUAAUUGACACAAAAUCCCAUUAUCUUAGGUGGUAGUUAGUGUAAGGGAUUGAACCAGCCAAGGCCAGUCAGUUUAAAGACCGCAUCUGCAGUCAUGAAACAUUAGAUUUUUAUAUGGCUUCGGAUGUGAUGUGUCUUUAAAUGCCAUUGCCACCAUUCAAGACCCAGGAUUUUUUUCCUUACUUUAUUCUCACCCUCUUCCUAUUAUUUUUUCCUUUUUCAUACCUCCCAAGCACUUAAACUUUGCCAUAUAGCUACCAUUGAGAAACUGUUCUUAGUGUGAUGAGCAUUGUGAAAAGGCUGCCAGUGAUUGGUGCAAAGAAACACACUUGUAAAGGCUAAGAAUUACGGAACAU